AUGAAUUUAAUGAAAAGACUUAAUAUAUUUAGUAGUUUGUUAAUAAGUAGAAGUGCUUCACCAAAAAUGAAGAUUGAAAAAAUGGCUCCUGUCAUUCCCAUCUCACUAGAAACCUCCAGCUCAAAAGCUGCAGAGUACCUUGCCACGGGCCAAGUAAUAGCUGUUCCUACAGACACCAUCUACGGUUUAGCUUGCAGUGCUAACUGUCCAGAAGCUAUAAAGAAACUCUAUAGUAUUAAAGGCAGAGAUUCUGCCAAACCAGUAGCAAUUUGUGUGACAUACAUUGAUAAUGUACGUAAAUGGGGCAAUGCAGAACAUCUAAGCAAUGAUUUACUGAACAGUUUACUACCUGGCCCUGUGACAGUAGUGUUAGAAAAGACUAAAGAGUUAAAUAAUCCAUAUCUCAACCCAAAAACUACGAAAAUUGGUAUUAGGAUACCUGAUCACAGCUUCAUCAAUAAAGUUACUGAGAAGUUUGAUAUGCCCAUAGCACUGACUAGUGCUAACUUUAGUAAUGAGCCUUCUACACUGUCAGUAAAGGAGUUUCAACACUUGUACUGUCAUUUGGGGGCAGUUUUUGAUGGAGGAGUGCUAAGUCAGGGCUUAGACCAAAACAGGACAGGUUCCACUGUAGUAGACCUGUCUAAAACUGGAUGUUAUAGUAUUAUAAGAAGGGGGACAUCAUAUGAACAUGUUGUAAAAGUUUUAGAAGAGAAUGGUUUAACCACUUGUUAAUUUUGUUUCAAA